CUUUGAUUACACUAUCCACCAAGGUUCAAAUCCCCCAAAGGUAUGAUAUAGCCAGGAUUGUACCUCAGGCAAAGAGAGGUAUGAUUUAAGGGUUGAGGUCAAGAUUAUACCUGAAGCAGAAUGGAUACCCACUAAUCCUUAAAUUUCAGCCAGAGACAUAUCAACAUAGUGAUUGUGAUUAUGUCAUCCAGGAAGGUUGAAACCUACAGUGAUAUGAUGUAAGAGUUGAGGCCAAGAUUGUGCCUCAGGCAAAUUAGAUACCCCCUUAGUCCUUAUAUUUCAGUCAAAAACAUAUCAACAUGAUGAUUACAUUAUCCACCAAGAUUCAAACUCAGAAAGAUCUGAUAUAAGAAAUAAGAUCAGAAUCAUACCUCUCAUUUUUUGUUUAAGAGAAUGGAUACCCCUCUAGAUCAGUGAAAAAGAUAUCAGCAUAACUUCUUGAGCUGGAAGAUAUAAAAUCAUCUAUAAAAAAAAGUCUGUACACAGUUUUUUUGGACGGAAAUAUUUUGCGUUGUCUAGAAGAAUUAAGAAUGGCAUAUUUAGGCCUGGUUGGAAAGCUACUUUCUGUUUUAAAAGCAAAAGCCGAAAUGCCAAAGCACUGAAGAAAAAAGAAACUUGCAAGAAUCUCCCUACGCAUCUUAAGCUGGAGUAUUACUUAAGUAUUUUCCAGAGUUGCCGCUUUCGACCAGCUUCUUAACUUAAAAACAUAAAGAAUUUCAAAGGAAAACAAAAGAGAGCAACAGAAUGCAUUUUAAUUUUAUGCAUUUUCUUGGUCGGUUGAAUUCUUUCACUGUAUUGCCAAGAAGAUCUUUUUCUUUAGUUUGCUUGGAAUCUAAUUCUAUAGAGAAACCAUGGAUUUCUUAUAUAGGCUUCAUUUUGAAUGGAGCUCGGCAGACGCAAUUGUAGUUGUUUGGUUAAGGAAACAGUGUAGAAAUGGAGGAUCUUGGUUGUUCACUCAUAGAGGAGAGAGUUAAAGAUGAGGAGGAGGGCAAUGGCUGCAACAGCGGUGAGGUCUCCCUCCUGAGUAAGGAUUAUAAAAGAUCCAGCUCGAACCGCAGAGAUGAACUGAGGCAUUUCAGGACAAGCCUUUGCUGUUGGGGACUUGAUCAAUCCACCAGAUUAAGAAGAGCAUUUUCACUGAUUCUGUUUAUUUUGUUUACAAUUUGUGUUCCUGUUUUUAGUUCGUUCUUUGUAGAAUGCCCUAAAUGUGAUGAACAAGGCUAUGCCUUUGAUAAGCUCGUUCAGAUUCCUCAGUGCAUACUUGCUUCCAUCUCUUUUAUUGCCCUUUCCCGCUACCUGCGGAAAUAUGGUCUCAGAAAAUUCUUGUUCCUGGACCAACUGUGUGAUGACACUGCUCAAGUGCAACUAGGGUACACAACGGAGCUUGAUAAAGCUUUCAAACUAUUAGCCUGGAUUCUCCUUCCCUCCUUCCUUAUUGAAAUUGUUCACAAAAUUUUAUGGUACUCAACUGUAACCGUCUCAAUUCCCUUCAUCAGUGGCCGGAUUCUUAGCACUUCGUUAGUCUUUACAGCUGUUAUUACGUCGUGGCUUUAUAGAACCGGUGUUUUCCUCUUAGUUUGUAUGCUGUUCCGCUUGACAUGUCAUCUGCAAAUUCUCCGGUUCGAUGGUUUCAGGAAGUUUCUUGAAGAGUACAGUUCUGAUGUUAGUAUUAUUUUGAAGGAGCACAUGAGAAUUAGGCAUCAAUUGUUUCUUACCAGCCACCGUUUUCGAUUUUUCGUUCUUGCUUCUUUGCUUACAAUUACCAUCAGUCAGUUUGCUGCUCUUCUGAUGACAUUGUCCUCUCGCACCGAGAUCAAUUUCUUUAAUGCUGGAGAUUUAGUGGUCUGUUCUGUUGUCCAAGUCACUGGUUUCUUGCUUUGCUUAUUGGGAGCUGCAAGAAUUACACACAGAGCUCAAGGAACAGUCUCUGUCGCUACAAGAUGGCAUGUACUGGCUACCUGCACCUCCUAUGGUUCCUCUUAUCCUCAGACAGAAAACUUACCAUCACCUCAGUCACAUGUAGAGAGUUCUGUAAAUCCUUUCUCUUGUGUCGACUCUGCCAGCGAUUCUGAGACAUCUGAAGUAUUUUUCAUGUUUCCAUCCAAAGAUGCGUCAGCUGCCUUUGAGAUUAGACAAGCAUUUGUGACAUAUUUACAACACAACAAUGGAGGCAUCACAUUGUUUGGAUUUGUUUUGGAUCGUGGUUUGCUGCAUACACUCUUCGCAUUUGAAUUCUCUCUUGUAAUGUGGAUUCUUAGCAAAGCUAUUCGCUUCUCCUAAGCUGUUACAGUCCUUUCCAGAUUUCUGAUAUGUUCAUCAAUGUUUAGGCCUGCAUGAUGACUUAGCUCCAUGGAUUUUUUUCCCGGUCAUGUUCCUUAUUCUUUUCAUAAAAUAUUAUUUCUCUGUGUUAGAGCUUUGGCAAAGCCAUAUUAAUAAGGUUUUUGUGUGUUUAUAGAGAAUAAUUCUUCUUACUUUUGUAUGAAAGAAGAGUAUCCCCUAGAUACAGUUGAAUCGUCAGACCCAUAUUAAUAAGUUUUUCUGUGUUUAAAGUGACUUAAUAAUUUAUCUUACAUUUGUAUGAAAGAAGAGAAUCCCCUAGAUACAGUUGAAUUGGAAUCUAGGUAAAUAAAAAAAACUGUCUAGUUUAAUUCUAGA